AUGAGUCACCCGACACCGCGCUCCAAAAAUAAAUACCGCCGUCUGGCCCCGCCCUCCUCCUUUCUGAUUGGAAGCCGCUGCCGUCGCGUCACCGUGACGUCAUCGCCACCUCCAGAGUUUCCAAAGUUGCCACGAAAGCAGAGCGGGAUGAUGUGGAGGCUGGCUGGCUGCAUCUUCUGCGUGUUUCUAUCCUGGCCGCUCGGUUCGGGGCCCUCAGGGGCCGCAGCGGGGGCCCCGGAGGAGCAGGUCCGGAUCGAGGUUCUGUUCAAGCCGGAGGAGUGCGGCAGGAGGAGCAGGAAGGGGGAUCUGAUCAAUGCUCAUUAUGACGGCUACCUGGCGGAGGAUGGCUCCAAGUUCUACUGCAGCCGCCACGACAAAGAGGGCCACCCGCAGUGGUUCGUCCUGGGCGCGGGGCAGGUCAUCAAAGGCCUGGACGUCGGCAUGAUGGACAUGUGCGCCGGAGAGAAGAGGAAGCUGACGGUUCCGUCGACUCUGGCGUUCGGAACUACAGGAAAAGGUCCGGUUCCUCCUAAUGCCACCGUGGUCUUCGAGGUGGAGGUGUUCUCCGUGUCCAGAGGGCCUCGCAGCAUGGAGGCCUUCCAGCAGAUGGACCUGGACAAGGACAGAAGUCUGGAUAAGGCUGAGGUGAAAGAGUACCUGAAGCUGGAGUACGAAAAAGGCGGGAAGCCUCGGGAGGAGCCGUUCUACGAGAAGCUCCUCACCGACAUCUUCUGGAAGAGCGACCAGGACGGCGACGGCCUGAUCAGCGCCAAGGAGUACAACAUCUACGAGCGGGACGAGCUCUAAAGCUCCGCCUCAUUCCGGGGAGAGAACUG